AUGAGCGACGCUGGCCCCUCGAACGCCAGUGGCGACACGGACACCGAUAGCAACACGUCUAUGCUCAGUCCCGAGCAAAUGGCACAGGGUAUCGAGCAAAGCAAUGCCGAGAUCCAGGCUGCGGAAGACACCAGCGUCACAGCCUCCAUGAGUUUUAACGACCUGUGCAAGUUCUUCGGCGUGUCAAAGUUCGAUGGCAGUGCCGACAACCUGGAUCGUUUUGUGAGAAAUUUUUCGAAUCGUUGCAAGAUGGUCUCACUGACUGAAAAGGACAAGGUUACCGUCCUUAUUACCUGCUUGUCGGACUCGGCACUGGAGUUCAUCAUGGACGAGCUGGACGAUAAACCGGGUAGCACUUCGGACGAGCUGCUGGCCGCGCUCAAGAGAAAGUUCAGCGACGAAACGACUGGAGCGCGUGCGCGCCAGCUACUGGCCGACCUGCGCUACACGGCACGCAGCGUGAAGGAAGUGGUCGAGACGGUUGAGAGGCUGAGGCGCAUUCGCGGCAUCAACAUCACCGAGGACGGCAUCAAGCAGGACUUGCUCGCAGCUCUGCCGCCCGUCGUGUACGCCACCCAUGCCCUCAACUGGUCCUUGGAUGAGACGUUGGCGAACAUCAAGGCCUCGAUCCUGUAUUCGAUGCAAUUCGAGCCGAAGCGCAGAAACAACGGCAACAGGGUGAGCGACAACACCCCCCUUGACAACAGCGACAACCGCGGACGACAACUCGGGUGA